AUGACUAAUUAUAUGGAUCCUUAAGAAGAUCAAGAAAUAAUAGAUUCUAUUCUUAAUGGUAUUUUUUAGUUAAUAGAAUUAAAGCUCUUGAAAGUGAUGAAGAGAGAUCAUUUUCACCAUCAAUUACAAGAACUGAAACGAAUAGAACUUAUUCUCCAUAAAUUAUAAGACAAUAACAUAAAUUAGAGUAAUUAACAUUGAAAUAAAUAGAUAUUCAUUAAAGAAAAUAUAAAGUCCAAUUAUUGAAUUUAAACUAGAUUGUUGGACAAUAAAACCUUUUUCUUUAGAUGAGGAUUAAUACCUUGAUGGAGAUUUAGUAUUAAAUAAAAUAAAGUAGAUUCUUAAAUGCAAAGACUAAUAAAAUAGUAGAAAAAUUUAGAGCGUAUUUGAAAAAGGAAAUGAUGAAAAAAAAGAAUAAAUUUUUAUUUAAAUAUUACCAGGUAUAGUCUAAUUAGCUAAUGAUAUUUUUGGAAAUUAUGUUGUUCAAAGAAUUUUAGAAUAAGGUAAUGAAAAAUAAAGAGAUUUAAUCUUUAAUUAACUAUCUUAAUCUAUUUUAAUAUUAAGUUACAAUACAUAUGGAUGUAGAGUUGUUCAAAAAUUAAUUGAAAUUUUUUAUAAUACUGAAAAAUUUGAUUAGAUGUUUACAAUCCUUUAAUCUGAAAUACGAAAUCUUGUUGUAGAUAUAAAUGGAAAUCAUAUUAUAUAAAAAAUAGCUGAAUUGAUGAAAUCUUAGAAAAUUGAUUGGUUAAUUGAGGGAGUUCUUGGAUAGAUUUAAAAAUUGUCAAAUGAAUCUCAUGGUUGUAGAUUAAUUUAACAAAUAUUAGAACAAUCUGCUAUGCCUUAAGUAUAAUUUUGAUCAAUAUUUACAAAUUAGUUAAAUAGUAUCUACAAAGAAUUAUUAGCUUUAUAAGAUGAAUUAUGUUUAUCUCAAUAUGGAAAUUAUAUAAUUUAAAUUUUGCUUUAGAAAGGUCCUUUUGAAGUUAUUUAGAAAAUAUAAAGUAGUAUAAUUAAAAAUUUAGAAAAAUUUAGUUGUGACAAGUUUGGAAGGUAAUUAAAACUUUCAUUAUUAUUAUAGCAAUGUGGUUGAUAAAAGUGUAAACAUUUCUUCAUUUAUAAGGAAAGAGAUAUUGAAGGUAUUCAUUAACAAUAUGAAUGUUUUCUAUCGUUUAUCUAAUAAUUGUUAUGGAAACUAUGUCAUAUAAAAUUUUUGUAAAUAACUUGAUUAUAAUUAACUAAUAAAAAUACAUCCAGAAGCUAGUUAACUAAAUACUUAAUUUGGUUAACAUGUACUAUAAACUUUAUUUAAAUUAAUAAAUUGA